UAUUAUCAAUUAUUUAUUAAUGAUUUAAAAACUAUAUAAGAAAAAAUAUAAUAUAUGUAUGAUAUUAAUGCAAUCAAUUUAAUUGAGAAAUCAUUUCUCUUUAAUUAUUUUUUAUAAGUUUCAAUUACUAAACAUUUCACAUAUGUUUAUAGUUUUAGAAAAUCUUGGUUUUAUUCACAUGUGAUGUGAUAUGAACUCAUACUAAUCCAAAAUUUUCUUAGAAAUUUUAAUUAACCUAUGCAGUUUUUGCGGUAGAAUAUAUGCUCUUAUUGGUCACAUUAUCUCUGUGAUUUACAGGAUAUUGUAUUAAAUUGUUAAAUUUUAAUAUUUUUAAUUAUUAAGCAUAAUGGCUCAAACAAGAGUGGAAAAAGUCGGAACUAUUUAUACGAGAAUUUCAUCAUUAAUAUAUGGAGGUGCAAAGGCUGAAACAGGAAAACCACUGUGGUAUACCAUAUAUGAAGCAUUUCCACCCAAAUAUGAACCAAAAUAUGAUAGAGUUACACCAUAUAUACCAAUAAGACCGAUCUAUUAUAAAGAAGACGUUAUACGCGCACGAUUUCACCAGGAUUGUAAAAAUCUAGAUCUAAUAAACUUAAGUAAUAAAAAAUAUCCGUCACAAACAAAGAAAUUUCUUGAUACAUAUAAUGAAUUACGAAUGCUCAAUUUGUCUGAUGAGGCAGCUUAUGAACAGGCACUAGAAAAAUUUAAUUUUAGUUCAGCAAAUAUAGAAGAUUAAAAACAAUCAAAAAAACAAAAAUAAUAUGUAAUAUGACGUAUAGACAUUUUAUUUUUAGUUAAUAUAUAAUACACUCAUGGUAUUUACUCUUUCAUAAAAGGGAAUAGUUAAUCUUAUUUGUAAUAAAUAUGUAUGCGUAAUAAAAUAUAUGAAACAUAAUACAUUAAAUACAAAUAUGAAUAUGCAUUAAA